UCUCAGGUGUGUGUAUAUAUAUAUAUGCACAGUUAUUGGUGACUUUGCCGGCCAACAGGCUGAUGGAUGUGCCGAUGGCUCAAGCUUGAGCUAGACCGGAAAGCGUUGGGUGGACGGCUGCGGUGCAAAAGGUUGCAGCGUUGCACCAGCCUUGCUGCAAUGGGUAAAAUCCCAGCUUUGACUUUGAGUGGCAAUUCAGAUGAUGUCAGGACCAAGAUGGUUCUGGUGGCUGCCAAAGCAGCAGGCGUGGACUUGAAAUUUGAAGCUAAAGCAGGAGUGCCCUCCAUCCAGUAUGGGAUGAAGACCAUCAAAUACACCGGAGCGAUGCUUCGUUUCGUGGGGAAGUGCCUUGAAGACACAGAGGUCUACGGAAACACCUUCUUUGAGUCGGCUGAGGUUGAUAUGUGGCUCGAUUGGAGUUUGAUGGAGUUGGAAGAUCCUCCAGCAGACUUGGAGCGGGUCCUGAAAGUCUUGGAGAAACAUUUGGAUCAACGUACCUUUGUGGUGGGUCAGCGAUUCACCUUGGCAGAUGUGGCUGCCAGCAUUCCACUCAUUCACUUGGAACAGCAAGGAAAGGUGACAGCCUUGGGCACAGCCACAAAGAGAUGGCUGAACACCUGCAAGGAGGCCGAUCCAGUGAAAAACAUUUUGGGAUCACACUCCCCGCCGAAGACAGCACAGCCGGUUGUACCCAGCCGGCCUGCGGCAGCUUCUGCUACUACUUCCAUCGCUUCCACCCCCUUGAUUGAUCCCUACAGCAGUAGUGUACGUGGUCGGACCGAGAUCAAAAAAAUUUUGGCCGCAGAAGAUGGUGGUAAAGGUUUGAUUGGGCAGAAGAUCAGUGUUUGCGGCUGGGUGAAGACUGUGCGGGAGGCCGAGAAGGGGAAGUUGUGCUUUGUCCAGCUGAAUGAUGGUUCUGUGCCGCUAGACAUUCAAGUUGUGAUUCAUUCGGAAGCGAAAGGAUUUGAUACUUUAAAGGGGAAGGUGGGCACUGGUGCAUCUAUGAAGUGUAUUGGGCAAAUUGUAGAGUCUCCUGGUCGCGGCCAAGCAGUAGAGCUCUCAGUCAAGGAUUCUGGUGAGGUCAUUCUUUUUGGUGGUGUCGAUGCCAAGGAUUAUCCUUUGUCGAAGAAAGGCCACAGUCACGAGUUCCUGAGAUCCAUUGCACAUCUCCGGCCCAGGUCCAAUCUCAUUGGUUGUGUGGCUCGUGUGAGGGCAGCUUUGGCACAAGCAACACAUGAGUUUUUCAGGUCCAAUGGUUUCCUUUACGUUCACACGCCACUCAUCACCGCGGCAGACUGUGAAGGGGCCGGGGAGAUGUUCCAAGUAACGACAAUGAUGGCCGAGGCAGAGAAGGACGGCAAGCCGCUCCCCAUGGUGAAUGGUAAAUUUGACUACUCGAAGGAUUUCUUCCAAAAGCCAGCCUUUUUGACUGUGAGCGGGCAGCUCUCCGUGGAAAACUAUUGCUGCUCUUUGUCAAAAGUCUACACCUUUGGUCCAACUUUCAGGGCAGAGAACUCUCAUACCUCAAGGCACCUUGCAGAGUUCUGGAUGAUUGAACCUGAGUUAGCCUUUGCAGACAUUUUUGAUGACAUGAACAUUGCAGAGGACUACCUGAAGUACUGUGUCUCCUAUGCAAUGACGCACAACCGUGCGGAUUUAGAUUUCUUUGAAGACAAGAUCGAGAAAGGGCUGAUCAAGCGCUUGGAGAACCUUUUGGCUGAGCCGUUUGCUCGGUUGACCUACACAGAAGCCAUUGAUAUUUUGAUCAAAGAGUCACCGAAGGCUGGCUUUGGGGUACCCGUUGAGUGGGGCAUGGAUUUGGGCUCCGAACACGAGCGGUACCUAGCGGAGAAGGUCUACAAGAAGCCAGUGAUCCUCUACAACUAUCCGAAGGACAUCAAGGCCUUCUACAUGAGAUUGAAUGAAGACAAUCGCACGGUGGCAGCUAUGGAUGUCCUGGCUCCGGCUAUUGGCGAAGUCAUCGGAGGCUCCCAGAGAGAAGAAAGGCUUGAUGUUUUGGACAGAAGGAUAACAGAAAUGGGUUUGGAGCCAAAGGACUACUGGUGGUACAGAGAUUUGCGCCGUUUUGGCUCGGUGCCGCACAGUGGCUUUGGCCUUGGCUUUGAGCGAUUGAUUAUGUUGACCACCGGCGUGGAGAACAUCCGCGAUGUGAUACCGUAUCCACGGUAUCCCGGACACGCGGAGUUCUAAUGUGCUGGAGCCGCCACAGAUUGUAAGCGCGGGAAAAGUG